AUGCGGUUCGGGUCCAAAAUGAUGCCGAUGUUUCUCACUGUGUACCUCAGCAAUGAUGAGCAGCACUUCACAGAAGUCCCUGUCACUCCGGAAACCAUCUGCAGAGACGUGGUGGACUUGUGCAAAGAACCUGGCGAGAGCGAUUGCCACCUGGCCGAAGUGUGGUGUGGCUCUGAACGUCCAGUUGCCGAUAAUGAGCGAAUGUUCGACGUCCUGCAGCGGUUUGGAAGUCAGAGGAGUGAAGUUCGGUUCUUCCUUCGCCACGAACGCCCCCCUGUGAGUGGACCAAGGUCUCAGGAUCCAAGUUUAAAAAGAAAUGGUGUAAAAGUUCCAGGUGAACAUCGAAGAAAGGAGAAUGGCGUUAAUAGUCCUAGAAUGGAUCUGACACUUGCCGAACUUCAGGAAAUGGCAUCCCGCCAGCAGCAACAGAUUGAGGCCCAGCAACAAAUGCUGGCCACUAAGGAACAGCGGUUGAAGUUUUUGAAACAGCAAGAUCAGCGUCAACAGCAACAAGCAGCUGAACAAGAAAAGCUUAAGAGGCUCAAAGAAAUAGCUGAGAAUCAGGAAGCGAAGCUGAAAAAAGUGAGAGCACUUAAAGGCCACGUGGAACAGAAGAGGCUAAGCAAUGGGAAGCUUGUGGAGGAAAUUGAACAGAUGAAUAGUUUGUUCCAGCAAAAGCAGAGGGAGCUUGUUCUGGCUGUGUCAAAAGUAGAGGAACUUACGAGACAACUGGAGAUGCUGAAGAACGGCAGGAUUGACGGUCACCAUGACAACCAGUCCGCGGUGGCUGAGCUCGAUCGGCUCUACAAGGAGCUUCAGUUAAGAAACAAACUGAACCAGGAGCAGAAUGCCAAGCUGCAACAACAGAGGGAGUGUUUGAAUAAGCGCAAUUCAGAAGUGGCGGUGAUGGACAAGCGUGUUAAUGAGCUCAGGGACCGGCUGUGGAAGAAGAAGGCGGCCUUGCAGCAGAAAGAGAACCUUCCAGUCUCAUCUGAUGGACACGUGCCCCAGCCGGGGGCGUCGGGGCCGAGUCGCGUGGCGGCGGUCGGCCCCUACAUCCAGUCGUCGACUAUGCCUCGGAUCCCGUCGCGGCCUGAACUUCUGGUGAAGCCAGCCCUGCCCGAUGGGCCCGGGGCCAUGCAGGCUUCUGAGGGGCCCAUGAAAGUCCAGACGCUGCCCAACAUGAGAUCUGGGGCCUCUUCGCAAGCAAAAGGCUCUAAAAUCCAUCUGCUUGGCCCUGAUUGGACUCCUCCAAAUGCAGAUCUUUUCUCUAGCCAAGCCUCUGCCUCUGUGUCUAAAAGCUCCGGGAACGUUCCAGACCAAGUGGAUGAUGGAGAGGUUCCGUUGAGGGAGAAGGAGAAGAAAGUGCGUCCCUUUUCGAUGUUUGACACCGUGGACCAAUCUGCCGCUCCACCUGCCUUCGGUACCCUGAGGAAGAACCAGAGCAGUGAAGACAUCCUGAGGGAUGCUCAGGCUGCAAAUAAAAAUGUGGCUAAGGUACCACCUCCUGUCCCAUCAAAACCAAAACAGAUAAAUUUGCCUUAUUUCGGACAAACUAACCAGUCACCAUCCGACAUGAAGCCAGACGGAACUGCUCCGCAGUUGUCAGCAGCUGUUGCAUCCAUGGGAGGUAAACCCAAACCCACAGUGCCGCAGCAGAGGGUCCUGCUGGCCCCCGGCGGGCCUUCAGUGGGCCCAGCAGACCAGACCCUUCCUCCAGGUCCUAAGCAAGAGAGUCCCCCUGCUGCCGCUGUCCGACCCUUCACGCCUCAACCUUCCAAGGAUGCCCUCCUUCCACCCUUCAGAAAACCCCAGACGGUGGCCGCCAGCUCCAUAUACUCCAUGUACACACAGCACCAGGCUCCUGGGAAAAACUUCCAACAGGCCGUGCAGAGCGCGCUGACCAAGCCCCAUCCCCGAGCACCCCACUUUCCAAGCGUGUAUGGCAAGCCUGUGAUUGCUGCUGCUCAGAACCAACAGCCCCCAGAGAACAUUUAUUCCAAUAACCAGGGCAAACCUGGGAGCCCAGAACCCGAAACAGAGCCUGUUUCUUCAGUUCAGGAGACCCACGAAAAUGAAAGGAUUCCUCGGCCGCUCAGCCCGACCAAAUUACUGCCUUUCCUAUCUAAUCCUUACCGAAAUCAGAGUGAUGCUGACCUGGAAGCCCUACGAAAGAAACUGUCGAACGCACCCCGGCCGCUAAAGAAACGCAGCUCUAUUACAGAACCCGAGGGCCCUAAUGGGCCGAAUAUUCAGAAACUUCUGUAUCAGAGGACCACCAUCGCCGCCAUGGAGACCAUUUCUGUCCCAGCUUACCCAUCCAAGUCUGCUUCUGGGACUGCCAGCCCAGAAAGCCCGCUGGAGAUCCAGAAUCCGUAUUUGCCUGUGGAGCCAGAGAAGGAGGUGGUCCCUCUGGUUCCUGAGCCGGCGUCCCUGGAGGAGGCUGGGAGCGCCAGUACAGAGAGCAGUGACGCGCCAGCUCCUCCUCCAGGCCUCGAGUAUGUGCCUGAAGGAGUCCCAGACAGCAGCCCGAAUUUCCAGAACAGCGUGGAAGAACCAAACCCAGAGGCACCCCCUCUGCUGGAAGUGUACCUGGAGGAGUACCCCCCCUACCCACCCCCGCCGUACCCAUCUGGGGAACCAGAAGGCCCAGGAGAAGACUCUCUGAGCUUGCGUCCACCUGAGAUCACCGGGCAGGUUUCUCUGCCUCCUGGCAAAAGGACAAACUUGCGUAAAACUGGUUCCGAGCGGAUCGCUCAUGGGAUGAGAGUGAAAUUCAACCCUCUUGCUUUGCUUCUAGAUUCCUCUUUGGAGGGAGAAUUUGACCUUGUACAGAGAAUUAUUUAUGAGGUUGAUGACCCAAGCCUGCCUAAUGAUGAAGGUAUUACAGCUCUUCAUAAUGCUGUGUGUGCAGGUCACACCGAAAUUGUGAAAUUCCUGGUACAGUUUGGUGUGAAUGUCAAUGCUGCUGACAGUGAUGGAUGGACCCCGCUGCACUGCGCUGCCUCCUGCAACAACGUCCAGGUGUGCAAGUUCUUGGUGGAGUCAGGAGCCGCUGUGUUUGCCAUGACCUACAGUGACAUGCAGACGGCUGCUGAUAAGUGUGAGGAGAUGGAAGAAGGCUACACCCAGUGCUCGCAAUUUCUGUAUGGAGUUCAGGAGAAAAUGGGCAUAAUGAAUAAAGGGGUCAUUUAUGCACUCUGGGACUAUGAACCUCAGAAUGAUGACGAGCUGCCCAUGAAAGAAGGAGACUGCAUGACAAUCGUGCGCAGGGAAGACGAAGAUGAGAUUGAAUGGUGGUGGGCCCGCCUGAACGACAAGGAAGGAUACGUUCCACGCAAUUUGCUGGGACUCUACCCAAGAAUUAAACCAAGACAAAGGAGCUUGGCUUGA